GAGCUGUGACCUGAAACUGUUGUGACAGUGUCAGGGUCUCUCUCUCCCCUCGAAAAGCCUCCUCCCCUCCUUCAAAUUGGCCUAUAUUUAGGCCCAGCACUGGGGAACCAACAGUGAACACAUGAGUGCUGGGGUGAGAGUUUGGUUGGUGACAGUUUUUCCAGCAAAUAAAGGAACUAAAAGUAAUCAUCUGCAUCAGGGAGGACACAGGAAGCUUUUUUGAGAUGUUUUGCAAGUUCCUGCUCUGUUUCUGCAAUUAAGUAGUUUCUUUUUCCACUUUUUAACUGAUUUCUGAAACAGGAAUACCAGAGGCUGAGGUGGACACUGGUAAGAUGGGGGACAAAAAAAAUAAAGUGCCUCUUGUUGAAGAUACAAAGGUGAAAGUGCUUUAUGAAACUCAAGCAUCACUCGGGCCUGAUGAAUUAGGUGAUUACCCUCUCACUGGGGCCAACUCUAUUUAUUCUGCAAUCCUAAGCAGAAAUGAGGCUGUUAAGGAUGCCAAGCGUCUUAAGACUUUUUUGGAGCUGCGAGACAAAUACGUGCGCAAGAAAGUGUUGUUUGAGGACCCUCUGUUCCCUGCAAACGACUCCUCACUCUUCUACAGUCAAAAAUCCCAGAUGAAGUUUGAAUGGAAACGUCCCUCGGAACUUUGUGAAAACCCCCAGUUCAUUGUGGAUGGCGCCAACAGGACAGACAUCUGUCAGGGAAAAUUGGGUGACUGUUGGCUGCUCGCUGCCAUUGCCUGUCUGACUCUGAAUGAGAAGCUGUUGUACCGAGUGAUCCCCCCUGAUCAGAGCUUCACUGAGAACUAUGCCGGCAUCUUCCAUUUCCAGUUCUGGCGUUAUGGCGAAUGGGUCGAUGUGGUUGUGGACGACCGCAUCCCCACCUGCAACAACAAGCUGGUGUUUACCAAAUCUUUCCGAGAGAACGAGUUCUGGAGUGCUCUUUUGGAGAAAGCUUAUGCCAAGUUGCACGGAUCUUAUGAGGCACUGAAAGGGGGUAACACUUUGGACGCCAUGGAGGAUUUCACAGGAGGACUUACAGAGUUCUUUGAGUUGUCCGAGGCACCCAAAGAGCUCUACAAAAUCAUGAGGAAGGCCCUGAAGAGAGGUUCCCUGAUGGGCUGCUCCAUAGAUGCUUAUUCAGCACAUGAAAUGGAGACUCGGACUGAACAGGGGCUGGUCCGCGGUCAUGCCUACUCCAUCAUAGGCCUGGAGGAGUGUGACGAGGUUGCAAAGGACAGCAAAAUUCGUCUCAUUCGCCUGCGCAAUCCCUGGGGUUGGGUGCUCUGGAAGGGACCUUGGAGUGCAAAUUCAAAGGAGUGGUCAAGCCUUUCCAUUGCAGACAAGGACAAUUUAAAAAAACAGACUGUGGAAACAAGCGAGUUCUGGAUGUCUUUUGAUGAUUUCAAGAAGAACUUCACCAAGAUAGAGAUGUGUAACCUGACCCCCGACAAACUGCAGGGUGAAGAAAGACAAAACUGGACAGUGUCGGUGAACGAGGGUCGCUGGGUGAGAGGCAGCUCCGCUGGCGGCUGCAGGAACUUCCCAGACACUUUCUGGACGAACCCUCAGUAUCGGCUGCAGCUGUAUGAGGAGGACGAUGACCCAGAGGAUGAGCGGGUGGCCUGCACUGUCGUUGUGGCUCUGAUGCAGAAAGGUCGAAGGAUGCAGCGCCAUCAAGGGGCCAGAUUCCUCACCAUUGGAUUCUCCAUCUAUGAGGUGCCAAAAGAGAUGUGUGGACAGAAUAAGCACCUGCAGAAGGACUUCUUCUUGUAUACGGCCUCCAAGGCCAAAUGCAAGACCUACAUCAACCUGCGGGAGGUAACGGAGCGUUUCCGUCUGCCUCCAGGAGAGUAUGUCAUCAUCCCCACGGCCUUUGAACCCCAUCAAGAGGGAGAGUUCAUUCUCAGGGUCUUCUCUGAGAAGAGGAGCACCUCUGAGGAGGCAGAGAACAUCAUCGGGUUGGAGAAAAUUCAGCAAGACAAGAAAAAGAAAGAGAAGCCUAUUCUAUUUGUGUCAGACAGAGCAGGCGCCAACAAAGAAAUUGAGCAUGACGGCAUUCAGGGGGAAAAGAAGAAGAAACCAAAGAAAAAACUCCUCGAAUCUGAGGAGGAAACUGAAGAGGAAAAACAAUUCAGAGCCAUUUACAAACAGAUAUCUGGUGAGGACAUGCAGGUCUGUGCCAACGAACUCAAAGUCAUCAUGACGAACGUGCUCUCCAAACAUAGUGAAAUUAAGUCAGAAGGUUUCAGCCUGGAGACGUGUCGGAGUAUGAUCGCCUUGAUGGAUACUGAUGGGACAGGAAAACUGAAUCUGCAGGAGUUCAAACACUUGUGGAAUAAGAUUAAAGCGUGGCAGCUGAUCUUCAAAAGAUAUGAUAAAGACAAAUCCAGCUCCAUCAGCAGUUUUGAAAUGAGGAAUGCUGUCCAUGAUGCAGGGUUUCACCUCAACAAACAGUUAUAUGACAUCAUAGCCAUGCGCUACGCGGACGAACACCUCAACAUCGACUUUGACAGUUACAUCUGCUGUUUUGUGAGGCUAGAGGGCAUGUUCAGGGCUUUCAAUGCUUUUGACAAAGAUGGAGACGGAAUUAUCAAGCUCAAUGUCCUGGAGUGGCUUCAGCUGACCAUGUAUUCUUAGUCACCUUCUUGACCCCUGAUGUAGCUGCAGACAGCUGGUGCUAAAGUUCAAGAAAUCCUCCCUGGACAGCUUCUUACUUGCAUCGAUGAGCAAAGGUGUAACUUUGCACAGAUUUGUUGAUUUCCACAAAAUCAGACCUCUCCGAUUUUAUGUGAUAUCGAAUUAUUUUUCAUUACGUAACCUACAAUGAUUUUGAUUUAAUCUCAGUUUUGUUUUAGCUUGUUUUAAAUGACUGACAGUUUAUCAACAAUAAAGCUCAUUCCUGAAAAGUCAUCAGAUUUCUCUGCAGUACUGAAGAAAAUCACAAGAUUUGAUGUAACAUUUGAAAUGAUGUUACAUGAAGGAGCGAUGGCCGGUAAAGCAAAGUCUGAUGAUGUGAACAGAUGCUGUUAUAAAUCUAGAGUUGAUCUUUUCUGCCAAAGUCUUUUAUGUU